AUGAGCAAUAGACAAGACAAUGAGCUGGUCGUCGGUCGACUAUUGAACAGUUCUUCCUCUCGCUCCAAUGAAAGCCCCAGACGAGCUGAAACCCCCGUUCAAUCGCCAGAAAGGCAAAGCGGCGCAACACAGUUAAUAGAAGCAGACUCGGGCCAUGAAUCGGUUACAGAUAGCAUCCUAGCAAAGCGUAAGCAGAUCUGUCAGGAGAAUCGCCCGGGACAUUCGCCUACCACGAGCAAAUCGCGUAUAGAUACCCACAACAGGAUUGCCCAGCGUCAGCGAACACACAAGAGACACCAGCGAGCCACCCAGGUGCGAGGAGGAUUGGAAAAGAUGGAGCAAUUCGUAAUGACUGGCGAGCAUCUUCAAGAACUACAAAGACUCUCGCUGCAAGCACAAGAAAACACAAUGACACCCGAUUUGGCUCAAUUGUUCGAGCAAGAAGCCCAGGAGGACCUCGAGGACGACGAACUGAUAGAAUACGUCGAGCACCAAGAGCAGUUGGACCAAGAACUGCAGAGAAUCCUCUCUGAACUCUCCAUAGGUUGA